CGGCAACCGCACAUUCGUACGCGUAAAUUAAGGUUCACCCCUCUGCGCCUCUGGGAUCAACUUCUCCGUUAUGGCACAGUGCCUUGGACCGGUAGCUCUGGACAAAAUGCAAUGGAAGUAUCUCGCACUGCUGGUGCACGCGAAUUUCUGGAUGGCAACUUGCGUUUCAUUACAUCUCCCCCUCUUUUCAACUGAGGAAAUCAAGCAACAGGCGUGCCCAGCUUAUCUGUCCUUCAUAUCAGCAAGUUUUGAGGUUGCUAUCGUUGCUGCUGUACCCUUGAUCUCAUCGCUAGUUGGCCGUGCAGCGUUAAAGAAUCUGCUUGGUGCAGGGAUGCUACUUUCUGGCGUUUCAGCACUGGCGUUUGGCUUCGUCCACAGAAUUCGUGCAGGAGCACCAUUCGUCGUCGUUGCAUUUGUCCUACGAGUUUUGGAGGGAUUUGGUGCUUCUGUCGUCUUGCUGUCGCAAAGCUCAGUGGUUAGCGCUCAUUUUCCGAGAGAGACGCCCGGUGUCAUUGCGCUCCUGGAAGUCUUGUACUGCUUCGGGAUCAUAGUGGCACCUUCGCUUGGAUCUGCUGUACACCAGGUGAUUGGUACGCCUGGUCCAUUUUUACUUCAAGGAUUCUUCAUAGUAACGGGCGGCUUCUACAGCUUGACCUUUCAUAGAAAUGACGAUGGAGAAAAGCUGAACUGUGAAGAAGUACUUCAAGUCACGGAACUGUUUCAUAUUGGUCUGUGUCUGGACUUGUGCCUGGUCAUCGGGGGUCUCGGCGCUGUCGUGUUCCACGUUUUCACCCUGAUGCCUCACUUGAAACGCUACCAAGUUUCCAGAACCGCUGCAAUUAUAUUGCUUGUGGGAAUUGGACUGGUGUACGUGACGUCUGCGCUGUUAUGGAGUCGCCUGCUAGCUUACCUCCAGUGUGCGCCGAAAGCUAUGGCCUUAGUGGGCUGCGUCUGCGCGGCUGUGAGUUUCGCUUUCAUCGGACUGUCGAAAGCCAAUAACUGGAAAAUGACAACAUGUACACUUGCCUCUUUGCUACUUUUUGGUGCCAGUGUGUCCUGCCAGAACAUCUGCGCGUUUUCUUCUGCCAUACGUGAGGCUUUGUCACGGGGUUUUCCUGCGUGUGGCACCACUUACACGCGCCUGUCGGUCGUUUUUGCGAUAGGAUGUGCAGUCGGUGCAUUAUUGGGAUGUGUUUUGGGAACACUCACCUUAGAAGUGAUUGGAUAUCAAGCCGGCACUUUUAUGUUUGUCAUUCUGGAAGCAUGCCAGGCACUGAGUUUAGCUUGCCACCUGUCGUGGACCCGGCUAAAGCAGCAUCGUUUACGAGACAACGAAAGAACCAGAAUUCUUCAGUCAUCGAUCGUCACAAAAGAUCGUCAGUAAAAUAAUUAAGUGAUGAGCAUGUUACCUUUAAUAAACGAG